AUGGCUACAAGUCAAGGAGUGAACGUACUCCGGUACUCAGCGCUCGUGUUCGGCGUCUUCUACGGCUUCACCCAUCAAAGAACCCUCACAGCUAGCGCCAAAGCAGCACACGAGAAAGAGGAGUAUGAUCACAAGGAGGCCCUGAUACAACGGGCAAAGGCAGCUUGGGCAGAGAAACAAAACCCAUUGCCAAGAUUAGGUGACGACGGAGGCGUGACAGAUCCGGAUAACAGUAAAUUCGAUCUAGGAGCAUUGCUGGAUAAGAUGGAUGCCGAUAGUCGGAAAGCGGGCGCAUAG